UACAGUUUGUUCUCCACUGUUUUAAUCGAGUUUACCUCUUGAGCCCCUCUGGAGUGCAAGAAGAUGCACCGCAGACUUGUUUUAUCUUUAAUUUUUGGGCGUGGACGAAGCGCAGGGAUGCUAAGGUAGGUUCCCUCCCCCAUGGGUGUGUCCACUGCCGGGAGACCUCAAUCUAUCCACCUGCAGAAGCCUCCCCUCUGCACUACACACUUGAGCGCCGCCGCGCACGGCUGAACCUCCUCCGCCACUCAUCUCCAGGAACAACUCUUUGUUUCCGACCUCCUCCAGUGGAAAGUACAGAAUCUGUUGAUGCGAUUUAGAGAGCACUUCAAGUUAAGGCGGCUGCGUCAAGUUAAUUUCUAUCCAAGCUUUGUUUGGCUCUGGGAUAAUCGUGCAGGAUCUGCAGCGGAUUCACUGGCACUCCUGCGUGCGGACAGAGGAGCUCAAAGGAUCUGGGUGGAUGGUUUUAAAUGUUGACCAGCUUUAUCACAGGACGUAACUAGAAGCUUCUGGACUCUCCUUCUCCUCUGUUAACAAAUAGAGGGACAUGUUGUGGGACAAACUGUGCUGGCUGCUGGCCCUGUUGGCCUUAUCAUCCGGGACGCUGCCCACCUCCAACGAGCCCCUCUCUGCUCCCAGGAUCUUCCUGUCCUUCAAAGAGUUAAAGUCUACCGGAACUGCUCAUCACUUCUCCUUUUUGCUGAACUCGACCGACUAUCGGAUCCUUCGCAUGGAUGAGGACCACGACCGCAUGUAUGUGGGCAGCAAAGAUUACAUCCUGUCUCUGGAUCUGCAUGACAUCAACAAGGAGCCACUGAUAAUCCACUGGCCUGUUGCCCCCCAGAGGAAGACUGAAUGUGUCUUAUCAGGAAAAGACACCAAUGGGGAAUGCGGUAACUUCAUCCGUCUGAUCGAGCCGUGGAACCGGACCCACCUGUAUGUGUGUGGAACAGGAGCGUACAACCCCAUCUGCACCUAUGUGGACCGAGGACGCAGGUCACAGGGGUCCCACUACCUACAGGCACCCCAAACUGGAGGGAGAACAAGUCGAGCAGCAGACUACAGUACUACAUCAGAGCCUUUGGAGGCGAAGGAAUACAUUUUCCGUCUUGAACCUGGUAAAGUGGAUUCUGGGAAAGGAAAAUGUCCUUAUGACCCCAAACUUAACAGCGUCUCUGCUUUGAUCAAUGGAGAGCUGUAUGCAGGAGUCUACAUUGACUUCAUGGGAACAGACUCUGCUAUCUUCCGUACACUAGGGAAGCAGACAGCCAUGAGGACUGAUCAGUACAACUCCAGAUGGUUAAAUGAUCCCACAUUCAUCCACGCACACCUCAUCCCAGACAGCGCCGAGAAGAAUGAUGACAAGCUCUACUUCUUCUUCCGCGAGAAAGCCUCUGAGAUGGGCCAGAGUCCCAUGACCCAGUCCAGGAUAGGGCGGAUCUGCCUGAAUGACGACGGUGGACACUGCUGUCUGGUCAACAAGUGGAGCACGUUUCUGAAGGCCCGUCUCAUCUGCUCAGUCCCCGGAGCUGACGGCAUUGAGACGCACUUUGAUGAACUAAGGGAUGUGUAUAUCCAGCCAACUCAAGACACAAAGAAUCCUGUCAUCUAUGGAGUCUUCUCAGUUUCAGGAUCCGUGUUUAAAGGCUCGGCAGUGUGUGUCUACUCCAUGGCCGACAUCCGUAUGGUCUUCAAUGGCCCCUUUGCCCACAAAGAAGGGCCCAACUACCAGUGGGUGGCUUACACUGGAAAGAUCCCCUACCCCCGACCUGGCACUUGUCCUGGCGGCACUUUCACCCCCAACAUGAAAUCCACAAAGGAUUACCCAGAUGAGGUUAUCAACUUCAUGAGAAACCAUCCUACCAUGUACAAUGCCGUAUACCCAGUGCACAAGCACCCCCUGGUGGUCAGAACCAACGUGGACUAUGAGUUCACCACAAUUGCAGUGGACCAAGUGACAGCUGCUGACGGGAGCUAUGAGGUGCUCUUCCUGGGCACAGAUCGGGGGACAGUUCAGAAAGUGAUUGUCUUGCCUAGAGAUGACCUGCAGACCGAGGAGCUGGUUUUGGAGGAAGUGGAGGUCUUUAAGGUUCCCACUCCAAUUACCACCAUGAAGAUUUCAUCCAAACGGCAACAACUGUAUGUAGGAUCAGUCUUGGGUGUGACCAACCUGGCUAUUCAUCGCUGUGAUGUGUACGGGGAGGCCUGUGCUGACUGCUGUCUGGCCAGGGACCCGUACUGCGCCUGGGAUGGCAAAUCCUGCUCCAGAUACUCAGCCUCACAGAAGAGAUCUGACCCCUCUAGGCGUAGCCGUCGGCAGGAUGUAAAGUACGGCAACCCAAUCCGCCAGUGCAGAGGCUAUAACUCUAAUGCCAAUAAGAAUACGCUGGAGACAGUUCAGUAUGGGGUGGAGGGUAGCACAACAUUCCUGGAGUGCCAGGCCAGGUCUCCUCAUGUGUCUCUCAAAUGGCACCUUCAGAGAGAAAACAGUGACCGGAGGAAAGAGAUUCGCUCAGAGGGACGCAUCCUGAAAACAGAACAAGGCCUUUUGAUCCGCUCCUUGCAGUCGUCUGACAGCGGCAUCUACCAGUGCACGUCCACUGAGAAGAACUUCAAACACACGCUCGUCAAACUGCAGCUCGUGGUCCUUUCCAGCCGCACGGUUAACAACGUGUUGGUGGAGACCGGCAGCCCCGCCCUCCCUCCACUGCAAUCCAGCGCCUGGACUCCGAGUGCCGGCCAGUAUAAGGACCUGCUGACCAUCCUGAGCCAGCCAGAGAUGGGCCUGAUCAACCAGUACUGUCAGGAUUACUGGCAGCUUGGAGACGGCAACCUCGGGGACAACAAAGCCAAAAGCCUGAAGGAGCUGAAAGAACAGAAGAAGCCCCGCAACCGUCGGCAUCAUGAUGAGCAAACAACUCCUGCUGAGACAUGAGGAGCUGGACAGACACCCUAUAAAACACCCCCAGUCUACCUUUUCACACCACCUCCUAAACACUGCAACCCUCCAUUUUGAGGAAUGACUCCAGUCAAAUCAUAGAAAAUUAUCAUAAAGGACAAGACUGAUACUGCAACCAAAAGCAACAGCGUCAAACAGUUUCUAUGUAACUGUUGGAAAAAAAACACAAUAUUUAUUGUAGGUUGUAAAAAGUAAUUCUUUGUACCUAUCUAGAAAACAUGUUUUUUUUUUGUGAAUAGGUAAAUCUGUGCAAAUAUUGUUGUUAUUAUAAUAUUAUUGUUAGUGUUAUUGUUUAUUACAAUGUGUUAUUAUGUUGAAAAUAUCUUUAUGUUUGGUGUUUUUAAGAAACAGCAAAAAUAACCCAGAUGGGACAUUGGGAGUAUCCACACAUGGAUAAGGACUGACGGUAUUCAGACCAUGUUGGAUCUCUUGACUGCUGGCAGUAUUCAGUCUCUUAGCCAGAAGUUGGGUCACUGGUUCAGUGAAAUUCUCGAACUUCCCUAAACUUCCUCACUAGAACUCUCUACUGUAUAUCAGUUUUUUUUUACUGCAAGAUAUAAGCUGUUGAAAGAUGACAAAAAUGGCAUUUCAUGGGACAUGCAAGGAUGACAGAAAUGCCCACAGACUGCAGCUGUGACAACAUGUCAUGGUCGUCCAGUCAUAUGUGAACGAACGAAAGGCCCUUUGGGGCAGGUCAAGAAAUCUCUCCUUUCAUGAUUGCGGUCCAGCCUGGCCUCGAGUAAAGAUGUUACAUUACCCGCCCAAAUUCUUCCAAAAUCAUUUGCUGCCAAGUGUUUGUUUUGUUUCUAUGUGAAUGUCACAUCUCAAUGUUGUAUCCUUAACAAACGUGAACUUUGUGAUAAGCUGUUUUUUGGGGGGUAAAGGGUCUUUUAACAACACGAAAGCUGAAAAUAACAUUGCCUUCUCUUUUCUCUUGUUGGAGAUAAGAAAUUCCAGCAGGCAGCUAUAUGUGAGUUUGUGACCGUUUGUGAUUU